AUGUGUCAGGAGGGUGACGGACUUCCACCUGGGCUGAGCGCAGCUUUGCCACCAGAGUGGCAUGCGCGGCCUUUCUGCUUGCUGCCACAAAGUAUCCCGGUGAUCUGGCUGGAGCGUCAGGAUGCUGAGGUGGUUCGGCGAAAGCCGCCUCCCAUUGUGCCGAGAUCUCCGAUGCCUCCCAUGGGCGCGUCAUCCUCCAGAUGUGGGUGCGGAGGGCACAUGCAAAGCCCUCUUCUUGGUCAACGAGUUGAGAGCAAAGAAUGGUUCGCAAACAACGCCAAAUUGAAGGAGGCCAGGCCUGAAUCGCACGUCUCCCAUGCUUGCCUGAGGCAUGUAUCAUGA